GUCAGCUGUCAAUUGUUGUCGAUAGUUUGUUGUUGUGAGUGUGUUAUUAAAAAACGCAAAAUCUUUUCCGGGAAGUGUAAUCCAAGAUAUUUUUACCGAAGUAGUGGGAUUUGACAACUAAAGUGAAGAUGGAUAUAUAUGGUUAUCCAGGUUUUCCGUAUAAUCAGUCGGAUGAAAUGGCGAAACAAAUGUUUGCACAUCAGGCAUUGGCUUCGUCAAUUCCUUUCAACCGUGCGUUAGCAGAGCCGCAUGCCAUGCCUGCACCCACGGGAGCACCAUGGAAUGUUCAGGGGUUGCCCUGGGGUAUGUCGUCACCGCCUCAGCUGGUACAGUUCACUGGUCAGCACCUGAACUCAGAGCAGAAGAUCAGUCCUGUAAUCCAUUGCAAGAGAAAGAGUUUGGAUGUAGAACCAGUCAUUCCAGCAAAACAACUGAUAACAGAAGAGAAAAUGGCCGCCCACCUGAACAGCCUCCACAUAUCGUCAGAGUACACGCCACAUGCACUAGCCAGCGAUGAAGUCAUGGACGUAGGCAUGGAACCUGUUACUGAGAAGCUGAAGGGUCACACAAUAGUCUUGAGCGAGGAGUUGAAGAAGUUGCAGGAGGAGCCUCUGUUACCUGCCUCUCUUAUUGAAAGAUUGGAGAAACCACACAUGUCACUAGUAGUUUGGAAACCAAGAGAGAGCAUUCUAGAAAAAUUAAAAGAUGACGAGAAGAAAGAAGAAGAAAAGCAGCCUAAAAGAAGAAAUGGUGUUCUAGUCCCCGCCCACCAGACUGUGUCAGAAGAUAUUGAGAUGUGAUACUGAUGUAAAAUGAUAGCACCAUAAGACUAACACUGUGUACCUUUCUGAAGAUUGUAUGUAAGUCAAUAUCAAGUUUAAGUUCUAAGUUUAUACCUUUGUUUUGGCAUUGUAGCUGUAGCUUAGUAUUUUGCUCUGAUUUGUUUUUUUUACAGUACAUAUUUACAGGUUUUAAAUAUUAAAUUGAAUGUCGAAUAUAACUGUCUGUUUCAUGUUAGAUUGUCUGUA